UAAGCAAACGGCAACGCUGAGCGUUGUUGUAAUUUAGUUUAAUUAACUUACUCACGUAGUGGAUGUAGCAUAUGAGAAUUUUCUUUUAUAAUGGCGGCUUUAAAAUUGGGAAGUAAAAAUGUUUUCCCUAAAGGAGAUACAGUUUAUAUAAUCGCAGAAAUCGGACAAAAUCAUCAAGGAAAGCUUAGUAUAGCAAAGGCAAUGAUCACGGAAGCAAAAAGAAUUGGGUGUGACUGUGUAAAAUUCCAAAAAUCUUGCCUAUCCUCGAAAUUUUCAAAAUUUGCAUUAAAGCGUCCAUACGGAUCAGAGAAUUCUUGGGGUUCAACUUAUGGUGAACAUAAGAAGCAUCUAGAAUUUGGCGUGGAUCAGUACAAAGAUUUGCAAAACCAUGCAAAGGAAAUUGGAAUAGAUUUCAGUGCAUCGGCAAUGGAUGAGGAUUCUCUGGAUUUUUUGUAUGCGUUGAAUGUCCCUUUUAUAAAAAUUGGUUCAGGAGAUGCCAACAACGUGCUACUCUUAAGGAAAGCAGCUAAAAUGGAAAUGCCACUGGUUGUUUCAACAGGAAUGCAAACGACUAAAACGAUUGACAAUAUUGUUAAUAUAAUGCAGAGAAAUAACAAGACUAACUAUGCUUUAAUGCAUUGCGUUUCCUCGUAUCCUACAGAUCCAGAGGAUAGCUCUCUUAACAUAAUACGACUUUUAAAACAGCAGUACCCAAACGUGGUCAUAGGAUAUUCCGGUCACGAGGAGGGCAUCGACAUUAGCAAAGCAGCCGUGCUAGUAGGGGCGAGAAUUAUUGAACGUCAUUUUACAUUGGAUAAAAAACAAAAAGGCUCAGACCACAAAUGUUCAUUAGAACCCCACGAAUUUGGAAGUCUUGUUAAGCAUAUUAAAAAUCUUGAAAAACUUGGCACAUUGAAUAACGAACAAAUUUUUGAAAUUCUUGGCCAGAAGAAUGUUAUUGAAUUGGCAUUAAAGGAAGUAAAACACAGAAUAGUACUUCCAAGUGAGCUGCCGUGUAAAAUUAAAUUAGGCAAGUCAAUUGUUACUGCCAAGUAUUUAAAAGCAGGCGAUUCAUUAAAGCGAAGUGAUUUAUGCAUUAAAGUGAGUGAGCCUAACGGUAUUCCUGCAGACCAUUUUGACUCAGUCAUAGGCCGAAUUCUUAAAUGCGAUAUAGAUGAAGACUCACCUAUUCUAUUUAGUCAUCUUAUUGCUUAGAGUUAUUAAUAACUAGCUUAUACCCGCGGGUUCCACCCCGCGCUUUUAUACAAAUAUGAAAAAUAAUUUAAUGAUGUUAGAUUUUA